UACUGCACAUGUCACAUGAAUGAACAGAAAAAAAAAAAAAGAACAGAGAAAUGGUCUAACCACCGCGCUCUCAUGGCAGAGAGAAAGAUUAGCUUAUCUCCGGAAUCUUGGAGGAUUAGGGCUUAAUCCCAUUGGUUGAUCUAUUACUCGGGAGAGAAACUUCGCCAGCUUUGACUUUUGCUUCGCCUAGCCCUCGAUUUCUUCGUCCUCUACACCUGCUCUCCGAUCUCCAUGCCUUGAAUAGUCAGGAGGCUCGAAUCCGCGGGGAGGCUCGUCGUCGUCUUCCUGCACCACCAUCUGCCGGGAGCGGGAGGGGCACAUCUCGCCGCCGGUGGUGGAACUGGAAUCACGGGGCGGUUGGGUUUGGUUCCUGGGAUGGUGCGGAUCUGAGGGAGCGCGCGCGCCGGUUGUUCGAUCCCCGUCGCUCCCGAUUUGUCCUUGUCGAAGAAAAUGGAGGAGGAUCAAUCAGCCACAUACAGCGUCGAUGACGCACUUCUGUCAUCAGGUUUUGGGAGGUUCCAAAUAUUGAUUCUUUCAUAUGCUGGGGUCGGCUUGAUUGCAGAAGCAAUGGAGAUGAUGCUGCUAUCGUUCGUUGGUCCAUCAGUACAGUUAGAAUGGAAGCUUAGUGCACAUCAGGAAAGCAUGAUCACAAGUAUUGUAUUUGUUGGAAUGCUAAUAGGAGCUUACUCUUGGGGUGUAGUUUCAGACAACUACGGAAGGAGGAGAGGGUUCCUAUUUACUGCCAUUGUGACAAGUGGAGCUGGAUUUCUCAGUGCUUUUGCGCCUAACUAUGUGUCACUGAUUUCUCUACGAUUUCUAGUUGGUGUUGGUUUGGGAGGGGGACCUGUUCUUGGAUCUUGGUUCUUGGAAUUUGUUCCUGCUCCAACCAGAGGAACUUGGAUGGUGGUAUUUUCAGCAUUUUGGACUGUUGGGACCAUCUUUGAGGCCUCCCUUGCUUGGACAGUAAUGCCCAAGUUUGGCUGGAGAUGGUUGCUAGCAUUGUCUUCUGUUCCGUCAUUUGUUCUGCUUUUAUUUUAUGUUAUUACGCCAGAGUCACCAAGGUUCCUAUGCAUGAAAGGCAGAAUAGCAGAAGCUAUGGAUGUAUUGGAGAAAAUGGCUAGACUAAACAAUGUACAACUCCCUUCCGGAAAUCUUGUUUCUGACAAAAACAUUGAGCUAGAUGAACUUUCAACAUCUGAGUCUACAACACUUCUUGCUGAUGCUGAAGAAAAUGACACCAUCGUUGAAGAGAAAGGUUCCAGUUUAGGAGGUCUGUCUAUAGCGAAGCUGCUGUCGCCAAAAUUGAUAAGAGCAACCCUGCUCCUAUGGAUGGCUUUCUUUGGAAAUGCCUUUUCCUAUUAUGGAAUUGUUCUGCUCACAUCAGAGUUAAGUAACGGAAAUAGGAUAUGUGCAAAAGAGGAGGUUGAAUCCAUACGCUCAAAUGACGCAAGCUUAUACAAAAACGUUUUUAUAUCUAGCUUUGCAGAGAUUCCAGGAUCAAUUUUGUCGGCCAUGAUUGUGGAUAGAAUUGGUAGGAAGCUGUCGAUGGCAUCUAUGCUAUUCACAAGCUGUGUUUUCUUAUUCCCACUGGUUUUUUCCCGGACGGACAUGCUAACGAGGAUCUCUUUGUUUGGAGCCCGGCUUUGUAUCUCUGCUAGCUUUACAAUUGUAUACAUUUAUGCUCCAGAGAUAUACCCAACCUCUGUCAGAACAACCGGCAUUGGCGUGGCGAGCUCCGUAGGUAGGAUUGGAGGAAUCCUCUGCCCACUCGUCGCUGUUGCUCUAGUACACAGCUGCCAGCAGACGACGGCGAUCCUUCUCUUUGAGCUUGUAAUCUUCCUCUCCGGGCUGGCCGUCUCAUUUUUCCCUUUCGAGACAAAAGGCCGUAGACUUAACGACACCGAAGUCGUUAUGAAUUGAUGAGGUGGUUGUGUUGUCUCACCAUUUUUUGUACCCAACUUUGUACGCUGUGCUGCUGCUGCUGAUAAGCCUGAUAUUGUUUGGUCAUUGGAAUCAAUUAUCGGUAUACCAUGAUGUUAUUUUCAGGU